AUGAUGGUAGGAAAAAUUUUGACAUGGAUGUCAUAUUCUCUCAUUGUCAGCGAAUGCCAUAUUCGAAAGGGACACGACGAAGAUGGCUCCAAGCUAAUACGGAUCAAUGGUGACGUAAUUCUCGGUGGAAUCUUUCCUAUGCACGAACAGGUGCCAGGUUCCAUUGGCGAAUCACCGUGUGGUGCAGUGAAAGAAGAAAAAGGAAUGCAACGUUUGGAGGCUAUGUUGUACGUUCUUGAUGAGAUAAAUUUAGACAAUGAUUUAUUACCCAACACCACCUUAGGCGCACUUAUCCUCGACUCCUGUAGCAGCGACACCUAUGCCCUUGACCAAAGCAUGGAAUUCGUUAGAUCAUACAUGAACCAA